AUGUCACCUGCACCUCGGGCGCCAACGAGUUCGCUGCCACCUCUCGGGCGCUUGCACUCCUACACGGGCAACCAGGUCCGCUCGGGUCUCGACAAUCUUCGCUCCCUUUACUUUCCACGUUCCACUUCCAAAGUCACGACCUCGACCUCCAAUCCUCCCACAGUCGCAUCACGACAUAGCAAGUUCGGAACCCCUUUGGGCUGCAACACACCGAUCAUUGAUUCGGGUUACGCUUCCGCUGAAGAAAUAGACGAUGAAAACGGAGCCCCCAAAGCCAGGAACAGGAAGGGUGUGGUGAAGAGCGCGCCUCGGUGUUGCGAUCUUCUCUGUGUGGUGGAGGAUUUGGAAGCGGAAUGCAAGACUGUGGAGGUGCUCAGAGCGGACCCGUUCGAGAACGGGUUUGCGAUCCGGUGGCUUACGGGAUUUAUAUCUCGGGCUGAAGAGUGGGCCGGAGAGGUCGAGGAAGGGGAGGAAUGGAAGCUGAGGGGUGAGCUUGUCGAGGAAGCUCUGGACCUCCUCUCGGCGUUUACGACUGUCGAGGAAGGCGAAGAAGAGGAAGAGCACUUUACCCGCAUUCUCAAAUUCGAGAGGGCACCUUCGGAAGAGGGUGAAACGCUCACAGUGCAGCUCAACGACUCCAUGAAGGAUGACGAUCAUACCUCUGUUGGUCUUCAAACUUGGGGCAGUGCCAUUAUCUUCAGUGAGCGCAUGUGCGCAUCGCCCUCGACCUACCUCUCCAGCCCUUCUCGGGCUGAUACCUCUAGCAAACCGAUGCGGAUUUUGGAGCUGGGAGCGGGGACGGGUAUCCUCAGUAUUGUUGCAGCAAAGUUGCUCGGAGGGUCCCAGCCGGCUCCAGAGAUCAUCGCCACUGAUUAUCACCCCGAGGUACUCGAGAACCUGGAGAAGAACAUCGCCACCAACUUCAAGUGCGGGUUGGACGAGGUGCAGGCGGGGAAGGCGCCCGUCCAAGUGCGGGCGUUGGACUGGGAGAAUCCGGACUAUUCGCCUCCGUUUGACGAGAGGUUCGACCUCAUCCUCGCUGCGGAUGUCGUGUAUCACCCCGAACACGCCAAGUGGAUAAAGAAUUGCGUGGAGGGGCUUCUGGCUCUGCCUAGGUCCGGGGAGCUAGACGGAGGAGUGUUUUGGAUGUUCAUCGCCGUCAGGCCCACCGGGAGACACGAAGGGCUAGACAAGACUGUUGACGACCUCUUCGGAGAUCAUCAAGAACCCAGUCUUCGCUCGGAGGAUGGCGGAUGGAGAUUGGGGAUCUUGGAGAGAGAGGCUGUUGCAAGGGUAGCAGGCAAUGUUGGGCGGGUGGACGAGCAUUCGUAUAGACUUUUCAAGAUCGGGUGGGUUAGGUGA